AUGGCGUUGACGGAUCUAGCACACGGAAGUGUGCCUGUGUUCAAGCCGGAUAUGGCUGCAAUUGCGAAUAGGAGCCUCAAUAUCCAUAUCAAACCCACCACCAAACACCUCGCCACAACCACAACCACAACCACAACCACAACCACAACCACAACCACAACCACAACGAUGCCUUGUAGAGCACACGCCUGGCCCCUCGAAGAGACCGAACGGUGUCUCGAGUACAUCGACCGUACUCACGAAGUAACUCUCGGCACGGAAGUCGCUUUCUCAAGAUGUGCAACGGAGUCUAGAUGGUGCCGUCGAAUCUCAGAACACCGAGAGACCGAAGCUCGCAGAGACAUAUUUAAAAGCUGGAAUUACAAAUUGGCUACCGGAACUCCUAUUAUCAAAAAGAUUAGAGAAAAUACAGCUGUGGAGAUCACAGUCUCUGCACAAUAA